UCCCCAUCCUCCUCGCCCCCAUCCUCCUCCUCCUCCUCUUCCUCCCACCCUCCUCCUCCUCCUCUCCCGAUGGGCCCCCCCGGCCCGGCCACGCGGCUCUUGCCCCCCCUCGUUCUGGCGCUCGCAGGGGUCGCCCGGGGCACCUUCACGGUGGCGGCGUGGCCGCGGGUGGCCGUGGUGGCCUUCGGGGGCUCGGUGACCGUCAACUGCAGCCGCGGCGCCUGCCCGGAGGGGGACGCCAACGCCACGCUGGGGCUGGAGACCGCCCUGCCCGCGACCCCCGGGCCCGGGGGGCUCCGCUGGCAAAGCUUCCGCCUCCACAACGUGUCCCGGUGGAGCCCCGGCCCCGUCACCUGCUCCGGCCGCUGCGGCGACGCCGAGGCCAACGCCAGCGCCGGCGUCCUCGUCUACCAGCUGCCGGAGCGGGUGGAGCUGGAGCCGGUGCCGGCGGCGGCCGUGGGGGACAGCCGGAACCUGACGUGCCGCGUGCGGGCGGUGGCCCCGCUGCGGAACCUGACGGUGACGCUGCGGCGCGGCGCCGAAACGCUGCGCACCGAGGGCUUCGCCGAGGGCGCCGAGGGCAGCGCCAGCGUGGCCGUGAGCCACGCGCUGACCGUCACCCGCGGCGACCACGGCCAGGACGUCACCUGCCACGCCGAGCUGUCGCUGCGGCCGCACGGGCCCCUGUUCGCCCGCGCCGCGGCGCCCGUCACGCUCUCGGUGUUCGCUCUCCCGGAGCCCCCCCAGCUCCAGGCCCCCGCCAUCCUCGAGGCCGGCACCGUGGCCAACGCCAGCUGCCGCAUCACCGGCGCCUUCCCGGCCGGGGACAUCCGUGUCACCGCCGCGCUGGACCAGGAGCCGCUGAACGUCACGGUGGCGGUGGCCGGGGACACGGUGACGGCCAGCACGGCGCUGUCCCCGCUCAUCCCGGGCCCGCGGGAGCUCAGCUGCACGGCCGCGGUGGCCACGGCGGCGCGGACGGCGCGGAGGCAGCUCCGCGUUUACCGAUUCCCCGCGCCCGCCCUGGAGCUGAGCCCGGCCCCGGCGGCGGCGGGCAGCGAGGUGACCGUGUCGUGCCGCGCCGGGGCCACCGAGCCGCCCGAGGCGCGGCUGCAGCUCCGCGAUGCGGACGGCGGGGUCCUGGCCGAGGGCCCCCAGCCCCGGCUGCAGCUCCGGUUGCUGGCCCGGCGCGACGACGACGGCCGCGAAUUCCGGUGCCGGGCCAGCCUGGCGGUGGGCGACAGCGUGGUGACAAAGGACGCGGACGCGCGGCUGGCGGUGCUCUAUCUUCCCGAAAUCCCGGCCGGCGGCUGCCCCGGUAACCGCACGUGGGUGCGGGGAGCGCGGGAAGCGCUGUCGUGCCGCGCCGCCGGCAACCCCGCGCCCACCGUGGUGUGCGGCCGCGACGGCGUCGCCGUGGCCACCGGCGAGCCCGAGCCGGUGACCCGGGCCCGAGCGGGCACCUACGUGUGCAACGCCACCAACGCGCUGGGGACGCGCAGCCGCCGCGUCACGGUCCGCGUGGAGUAUGAGCCCACCAUGUCCGAGUCGGGGUGUCCGGCACGCCGGGUCUGGGUGGAGGGACAGCGGCGGGAGCUGGAGUGUCGCGCCGAUGGGGACCCGCCGCCCAGCACGCGCUGUGCCCGCGACGGUGGCACUCGAGAUGGUGGCACUCGAGAUGGUGGCAUUCACCACGGUGGCACCCGUGACGGUGGCAGCCACCACGGAGGAGUCGCCCGCGGCCGCGUGGUCACCCGGGCUGAUGGCGGCCGCUACGUGUGCAGGGCCACCAACAGGCACGGGGUGGCCGUGAGGAGCGUCCUUGUCACCGUGGAGUACCGGCCGAGCCUCGGCGAGCGCGGCUGCCCCGAGCGGCGGCGGUGGCUGGAGGGGACCCCGGCCGAGCUGGGCUGCGCCGCCACCGGGAACCCCCCGCCCCGCGUCAGCUGCGCCAAGCUGGCCGAGCCCGGCAACGCCACCGAGCCGGGCCGCGACAGCCGGGACCCGGCCGGGGCCACCGCCAACGUCACCCGCGCCCACGCGGGCACGUACCAGUGCCGGGCCACCAACGCGCACGGCUCCGCCGUCCGCAACGUCUCCGUGGCCGUGGAGUACGGCCCCGCCGGCGUCACCGUGCGCGUCCUGCCCUCCGCCAACGUCACCCGCGGCAGCGGCUUCACCGUGGACUGCGGCGCCGAGGGGGUCCCGGCGCCCACCUACACCUGGGUGCUGCCCCCCGCCCCAAACCUGCGCUGGGCCGCCGACAACCGCUCGGUCACGGUCACCGGCGCCACCACGGCCAACCGGGGGCUCUACACCUGCACGGCGAGCAACCGGCACGGCCGGAGAGCCGGGAGCGUCGUGGUGCGGGUGGACGAGAGCUGGCUGGCGCUGCUGGCGGCGCUGGGCGCGCUGGGCGCGGUGGCGGCGCUGGGGCUGGCCGCGGCCGGCGGGUGGUACCUCAAGAGCACGGCGUGCAAGAAGGGCGAGUACAACGUGCGCGACGCCGAGGGCUCCUCCGAGGCCGCCUGCCUGCACCGGCACCGGGACCCCCGCGCCGAGGUGUUCGGCAUCCAGCUGAGCCCGCCGUGAGCGGCACCGGCGCCGGGACCGGCCGGCCGGGAGCCCCAGG